AGCAGGUCUUGUGGGUGGCACUUGGGACAAUCUUGCUGAAGCACAGCAGCUCCCCUUUACGGGGACCCAGACCCCCAGAGGCUGAGCUGAGAAGGCUGCAGAGGAACUGGAGAAAAACCCAACAAAGCCAUGAUAUUUCCAUGGAAAUAUCACAGUUCUCCAAGUGGCUUGUGGAAGAUCUUCAAAUUGUGGAUCUGGGCAGUGCUCUGUAGUGAUUUCCUGGUACAUCAUGGCACCAAUGGUUGGACUUACCAUUAUUCUAAAAUGGCUAUGUCCUGGGAAAUGGCUAGGCGUUUCUGUCAAUCAAAUUAUACAGAUUUAGUUGCCAUCCAAAACAAAGGAGAGAUCGAGUACCUGCAGAAGACACUGCCAUACAACCGCUAUUACUACUGGAUAGGAAUCCGGAAGAUAGGAAUUACAUGGACUUGGGUGGGAACCAACAAGUCCCUCACUAAGGAAGCAGAGAAUUGGGGAACUGGGGAGCCUAACAACAAGAAGUCCAAGGAGGACUGCGUAGAGAUCUACAUCAAGAGGAGCAAAGACUCGGGGAAGUGGAAUGAUGAUGCCUGCCACAAACGGAAGGCAGCCCUGUGCUACACAGCUUCUUGCACGCCCAGCUCAUGCAGUGGCCGUGGAGAAUGUGUGGAAGUCAUCAAUAAUUACACUUGCAACUGUGAUGUGGGAUUCUAUGGGCCCCAGUGCCAGUUCGAGGCCCAAUGUGCAUCUUUGGAGACACCAGAGCUGGGAACCAUGGACUGUAUUCACCCUUUGGGAGAAUUCAAAUUUAGCUCACAUUGUGCCUUCAACUGCCCUAAUGGAACCAACCUAAUUGGGAUGGAAGAAACAACUUGUGGACCAUUUGGAAACUGGUCAUCUCUAGAACCAACCUGCCAAGCGAUUCAGUGUGAGCCUCUAACAGCACCUGACUUGGGAACCAUGAACUGUAAUCACCCCCUGGCCAACUUCAGCUUUACCUCUGUGUGUACCUUCAGUUGCUCAGAAGGAACUGAGCUAAGUGGAGAGAAGAAAACUACUUGUGGACCAUUUGGAAUGUGGUCCAAUCAUAGUCCAAUAUGCCAAAAAUCAGACCAAAGUUUCUCAAUGAUCAAGGAAGGCGACUAUAACCCCCUCUUCAUCCCAGUGGCAGUCAUGGUUACUGCAUUCUCCGGGCUGGCCUUUAUCAUCUGGCUGGCAAGACGACUAAGAAAAAGAAAGAGAUCUCAGAAAAGAGUGGAUGAUCCAUACUGAGGAACACUUUGUGAAAGAAAAUUCUGGAGAUCCUAAAGAAUCACUGGAAAAUGACUUCAAAUCCUUCCACAAAGAGUUUUGCAUAGUGGUGUCUCCUACAUCACAGAGAAAGUGUAUGCCCUUCAGCGGAUCUGGAAGAAUGUCUAAGAGAUCAGUCACCUCCUCCACUCCCAUUUUGCUCCUUAUCACUCCCAUCCCUGGCCCACAGUUGUUUAUAUAGCUCAAUCUUUUGUUAUAUUUUCUGUAGAAAAACAAGAUCUUGGGGAUAAAGGAGGAGAGCACUAUGAAAUAUAAAUAUGUCUGAUUUUG